AUGAGUGCCGCGUACAAAUCACGUUACGAAGCCGUGUUCUUGUGUUCUCAUCCGAAAGGGCCAAAAAUGUCAUACGCAACGGCUGCUAAAUACAUGAAGAAGUCGAAGACAUAUGUUAGCAAGUGGGUGAAACGGUAUUCUGAGGUAGAAAAUGUUGAUGACCUGGAGAAUCGUGGCUCCGCACAAAAAACGACGAAAAGGGAAGAUAACAUGAUCUUACAGGUAUUCGAGAAGAAUUCUCAGCUAUCAUUGCGUCGUGGACAAGCAAUUCUGCGCAAAAAAGGUUUAAAUGUGUCAUGCAAGACUAUAAGAAAACGAUUGCUGGCUCAUGAAGUGAAAUUUUGCAGCACAAUAAAGAAACCGCUACUAACCGAAAAACACGUUGAAAAAAGAUUCAUUUGGGCGAAAGAAAAUUUGGACCGUGAUUAG